AUGGUCCGUAAGUUAACCGUGUUGUUUGCGCCCAUCAACUAUGUCGGGCCUAUCAAUACAAGCAUAGGGUUGGGAGAAGUGCUCAGAGAUAGCGGCCAUCGGGUGGUCUUUGCGACCACAAAAGAUUGGUCGCAGAGAUUGAAAAGUCUUGACUUUGGGGUCGAGUUAAUGACCGAAAAGACCGAUAAAGUGACCGGCGAUUCGGCCGACAAUAACGUAGACGAGGCCAGUGACUUAUUGGAUAACAAAAGUCCAUUAGACAAAGCGUUGAGAUGUAUGUCUCUUAUACUGAAAGACUAUCACAUGUCCGCCGAGAAAGACGAGCCGUCACUCAAGAGGAUUAUAAACGAUGUCAAACCCGAUGUCAUUAUCUCUGAUCACGUGUUAACUCUGCCAUCAAUAGCCGGUUCGGGUAUUCCCUGGAUAUUCAGUCACAGCAGUAAUCCAUUGUCAUUGGACUUUGGUUACGAAGAUAAGCGGUUACCGCCGUCUAUAUUAGGUUUGUCUGUAAAUAGUGACAAAAACUUAUGGGAAGAAUACAGACAACAGUUAAAGAAUGAGAGAAAAAAUGAUUGGUUUAAAUACAAGGAUUGGCUCAUCAGUAAUGGCUGUCCAGUAAUACCAGAAGAGCUACAAUUUUGGGCGCCGUCUCCUUUUGCAAACAUAUAUAUGUUUCCCAAAGAACUCGAUUACACGGAUGUCAGGCCUUUGCCGAAGACUUUCCAUCGCUUUGAUUAUUUUAAGCGAACCGGAAAUGAAGACACGUUUGAAUUGCCGGACAAACUCAAGAAUAGAUCCGGAAAAUUGAUUUAUCUAUCGUUGGGUUCAAUGGGUUCGGCAAAU